UGUUACUCGGUGCACGGUCACACAACUAUGAUUGUGUUUGAAUGGCAAUAGUGAAUUUAUUGGUAUUCAACCAUUUUUGGAUUGGCAUUUGCACUAGUGCGAAUGGCAAAAUAAUAAGCAUGACAACGCUAACUUGGCCAGAGUUUCUGUAUCAGGCCAAGCAGCUACUGGAAAUAUCAAACCAAUUAAAUGAUAGCUGGAUAUUGUGUGAAAAGGAUGAGCAGGAGCCCAACAGCUAUCUGAAGUAUACGCAGAAGAUCAAAGGCAAAGCCAGCGAGGAUCUCAUAAGUGUAGAGUACCAUAUAGUCUAUAGCAUCUCUUAUCAGGUGCCUGUGCUCUACUUUCAAGCGCACAGAUCAGACGGCAGUCUCUUGGAUUUGGAGGCGACAUGGAAAACCUUUUUGCCGGAGACAUCGCGUAGUGAACUCUAUCAAAUGCUGACACAAAUGGAGCAUCCGGUGUUGUUUCGUCCUUUCAUGGCAUUUCAUCCCUGUCGCACCACUGAAGUCUUGGCACAAUUUGGCAAACCCAGUGAAAAUGUAUUAAUUACUUUUAUAAGUUUAUAUGGGCCGUAUGUGCAAUUAAAUUUAGCAAACGCUUACGGUUUGCAUUCGCAAAUAAAUAAAUAAAUAUA